AUAUAGUGGAGUAAUUAGCAGACAACAGCCCAAACAACGUAAAACGAGAUCAGGUGUGACUCGAUAUAACAACUACACAAUCUGGUGAUAACCGUCAAUCUUAUAUAAUUUAUAGCGUCAGCUAUAUUGGCUGAGGAUCUAUGCAAGGAUACUGAUUAUAUCACGAACUUCCUUAUGAGAAGAUAAAAAAAACACUAAGUCGUCUUUAAACACACAAGGAGAAUAAACAGACUAAAUUUAGAAUGGCGGUGAGUGGAGGUACAAUUGCUGGUAUUAUUGUUGUAGGAGUGAUUGGUGUAUUUGCCGUAAUUGCUGUUAUUUUCUUUCUAGUUAGAUGGUACCUAAAUAAAAAUAAGAAAAAGAAAAAAAGUAACGAUGUGGAAAAAGGAACAAUGGCCAAAGAAAACAGGGCAUUUGAUAAUAUUAGUGAAAAUAUUCCGAAAAUUCAGAAGCCAGCUGGAGUAAAGUUAUAUCAACCAAGAGACGUGGUACGACAUAAUGGUAACUUGGAAACAUUAGACGUCAGAAGGCUACCUAAAGGAAAAGGCUCCAGAUCGAAUUCCGAUCAACCAAGAAAACUGAAAUCAAGUCUCAAAACCCGAACUAAAAAUGGUUAUGAACCAUCCGAUAGUGACACAUCGUGGACGAGUGAUGCUAAUUCGAGCGCAGGUAGCGUUAUGCUUCCAGUUCCUUCUCCUCAUGACCCAGGAUCAACUUGGAUUACUGAAGCUGGAUCCACAAAUGGCUUACCUCCUAAUUUGGCUCAAAAGUUUUAUAUGCCAUCAUCUAAACCUAAAAAGAGCUCAUCUAAACAAAAUUCAUCACAAUCCUCAAUAGCUUCCUCUCAAAAACCUUUAGCUGCCUCUUCGCCAGUUGCGAUUCGUACAAUCCCCAAUGUUGGAAAAGUUAAUUCAAGUAUUGAAUCAAGUUGUACUGAAAUUGAAGAUAAUACCAUGGGUGCUAGAAAUCAAGCUUUCAUUCCGGAUAACCCACCAAAUCGAGGUAACUACAACGAUCAAAUGCAAAUGUAUUUGAGGACAAAAAGUGAUUCGGAUGCUCCUUACGAGGGUCCUUCGGAAACAAUCUCAUCCCGCCAUUCCGAGCCUCCAUUUGGUCGAAAUUCUCCAUCACCAGAUAAAGUUUGGUCAAAUUUCUCUUCAGAGAGCUCUCGCAGUAAAAAAGUGUCAUUUGAGAUACCGGAGAAAGAAGUAAACGUAAAGAAAAAAGUCAAAUUAGAAGACUUGAAUGCGGGACAACUCCAAAGAAUUAUUAAAAGUGCUCCUUAUAUCCCACAUAGUCGCUCCAGACCAAAGCGUAGAAGCUUUGGAAAGGGCACAAGAAGUGGGCCUAGCCAGCCAAAGUCAAAUAGUCUGCCACCACAGCAUAGAAUGAGUAACGAAAAUUCUAAUAAUAAUUCCGGAUACUCUAAUCCUGCUCAUAAUACUUCGAAUCAGUCUGUCGAAACGGACGUUUGA